UGUCAAAUUGUGUUGUAUUGUGUUUGUCAGUUACAUUCAUUCUGUUUUGUUUUGAGGUUGGAAUUAUCAGUUUCUCAAAAAAAAUCUUGAUUUUUAAACUGAAUUUACUAAAACUAAAAAUAAUAAUCCAGCAAAUUGUAUUGUAAGCGUGUACUUACGUAUGAAAUAUUGUAUUCCUAUUUGAUUUCGUCCCGUACGAUUCUUUUACACGAUAAAACAUAAAAAAACAUUUCAGAACACUAAAUAAUUGAUAUAUACAUUUAUUAACUCAAAACAUCACAACAAAUGUAUUAUUUUAAAAAAAUAUUAGGUAGGUAUACGCGCGGUUUGGGUCCGUUUCAAAACUGAAAGUAGCCGUCACACCGAUAAGGAUAGCAAUAAUAUUUCUUACUCAUUCAAGUGUAUAUUUACAUCUCGAUCGUGAGUGACUUCAAAAUAGAUAGGCACAUAACGUGAAACUUAAUAAAACUUAUUCCACUUCAUUACAUACACAGAAAAUGUGUUAUGAUUAUAAUGACAGAGUACCGUAAUCUACCCUUUUGUGCUGGCGCACCUUGUGCUGAUUUUUAUUCAUACUUCAGCUUAGAAGAUUUGAUUAACAAAGCCACAGAGGAUAAAGAACUAAUGUUAAAGUGCAGAACCAUAGGAAUUCUGCAAAGUAUUCAUGGAAGAUUCUAUUUAACAGAUGUAAGUCAGUUAGACUGUCCAGUCCAAUUGAAGCAUUCAGUGCAGAUGUCCGCAGUGUACUUGAAGACUCCUCCACAGUCUACGGUCAAACCAUACCCUGUUCAAGUAUUUGGUACAUUGCAGUGGAAAAACAGACCAGUCGUAUUUGCUAAGACAUUACAUGUACUCACCAUACCAAAUGCUAUUAGAAUCAGAGAUGCCAUGAAGAGCAUUGCUGACAGACAUCAAAUUGAUCCUACAUUAGCAUAUACUGCCCAAACUUGAUGAACGAUUAUGAAGAAAACUUGGUCGCAUUUUUCUACAAAGUCCACUCUCAAAUAUACAUACAAAUAUUAAAGGACAUGAGUUUAAGACUGAACACGUGAACUCUCAUUAGGAAUGUUGUAUACUAGAAACUGUCAGUCUGUUCUCAUCCCUUAGUUGCCUCGUACGACAACCAAGGGAAUAAACUAAAUAAGACCAAUAUAAGGCGUGGCAAUCACGCGCCUUAAUGCUUGUUUUAGUUUAGAUAUUUAAGUUUAAUAUUAGCCUAAAGUGCCAAACACUGGAAUUUAUUGUGAUAUAUUGAUAUCCUGUGUAUUUUUUAUAAAAUUUUAAAUUAAUGAUAUUUUUUAACAAAUUAAUUUUGGUUUUCCUAAUAUCCCUCGACACCACAGUCAACCGUUUAUAGUACCGCAAUCAACAAACCUGCAGUACUAGCUGUGACCUCAUAAAACGUCUGAACGACGACUUUUGAUAAUUCGUUACUUAUAACUGGUUUAAAAAUAAUAAUUCUAGUAACAUAAUAGAGGAAAAGUAACUUAAGCAUCAUCCACAUGCCCAAAAUUCCCAGUAAAUAAUGUAAAAAAGAUUAAAAGAAUGAAUUUAUUAAAUCUUAAAUAAUUAAUAUAUUAACAAUAUGUGAAAAUGUACAACAAUCCAUCACCAAACUCGCCUUAAAACAAAUAAAAUAAUAUUGGCAAUGAAUAAACACCUUCGCAGAGAUUACAUGUCUAUUGAUUAAGAAUUAUUUUUUUCAUAAAAAAUACAAACAUCGGAUCUACGCUACUUGAAAUCAAUCAUUUGGUACACCUAUUGCAAGUACACUAGUAUGCACUGGAAUGCAUUUCCCAUCAUUACCCUAUGUCUAAGAUGGUAUGCCGUUUAGCGCACCCAUUGGAAUCGCACCUUAACAUUACCGUUUAGCUCACCAAUUCUUAGAAAUUUUCAAUGUCUUCAAAA